AUGGCGGACGACUCCGAGGAACCCAGAUACCACGGGUUCGAGGAUCACGAUGAUAUCAAAGACUUCGCGUCUCAAGUCAACCAUGACCCUCGCUUGGCCCAGAUUAACCAGAAGCGGCGGGCGCUGAUGGUGUCGUCGGUGGGGGGAGGCGCCGAUGACGUGGAGAAUAACGUGCUGAAGUUCUUCUCCACCGAGGCCGAUCCUCGGCUCGAUCCCAACCUGGAGCAAUUCGACUCGAAAUACUGGAUGGAGCAGGUUCGCAACUUGUUCGAGUCCAAUGCCGAUUAUUUUAAGCCCAGUACGAUGGGUGUCGCCUACCGUAACUUGUCCGUGAAGGGUGCUUCGACUGCCUCUGACUACCAGCAAACUGUGCUGAAUUAUUUCCCCAAGCUUCUUCUGGCUCUCUGGGACAAGGUGAAGCCCAAGAAAUAUAAGGAGUAUUUCAACAUUUUGAACCCUAUGGAUGCGAUUAUGGAGCUGGGGCUGAUGACCGUCGUUUUGGGUAGACCUGGUGCCGGGUGCUCCACGUUACUCAAAACCGUUGCAGCUCAGACGUACGGCUUUACUGUGGACCCGAAAUCGGAAAUCACUUACGAUGGUCUCACUCCGAAAGAUAUCCAAACCCACUUGCGUGGUGACAUCAUAUUCUCGGCCGAACUGGACAUCCACUUCCCUAAGCUUACCGUGGGGGAGACGCUCGAGUUUGCUGCGAGAAUGAGAACUCCCAAGAACCGUGGCCCCGGGGUCAAUCGUGAAGAAUAUGCCAGCUACAUGGCCCUGGUUGUGAUGGCUACUUUCGGUUUGCUCCACACCCGGAAUACUUACGUUGGUAACAACUUCAUCCGUGGUGUUUCCGGUGGUGAACGUAAGCGUGUCUCGAUCGCCGAAGCAUGUCUUAACGGUUCUAUCCUCCAGUGCUGGGAUAACGCUACCAGAGGUUUGGACUCGGCCACAGCCCUUGAAUUCUGUAAGGCACUUCGUACCGCGGCUAAGGUGUUGGGCAUUACCUCUUUGGUCGCCAUCUACCAAUGUUCGGAAGAAGCUUACCGGCAAUUCGACAAUGUGGUGUUGUUGUACAAGGGUCGCCAGAUCUAUUACGGGCUGACUGCUGACGCCAAGGAAUUUUUCAUCCAUCAAGGUUGGGAGUGCCCCUCUCGUUCAACCACUGCUGAUUUCUUGACUUCGUUGACCAACCCUGCCGAACGUCAAGUCCGUGAAGGUUAUGAAGGUAAGGUACCGCAAACCCCCGAGGAAAUGGAACAAUACUUUUUGCAACUGGACCACUACAAGCGCUUGAAGGAACGUGUCGACUCUUACAUUGACGGUGUUAGCCGUGACGAGGCCGUUGAUCGUAUCGGUGGUGCUCACAGGGCCCAACAAGCCGAUCACCUUAAGAAAACACUGCCUUUUACGGUGAAUUUCGCCAUGCAAACCAAGUAUCUUGUCAUUCGCAACUUCCAAAGAAUUCGCAAUGACCCUUCGGUUGAUCUUUUCUCGAUCGGGGCCCAAAUUGUUAUGGCUCUUAUCUUGUCUUCGGUGUUCUACAACCAGCAACGGAUUACCAACUCCUUCUAUUUUAGAGGUGCGGCUAUUUUCUUUGCGGUAUUGUACAACGCUUUCUCGUCUUUGUUGGAAAUUAUGGCUAUGUUUGAAUCUCGUCAGAUCGUGGAGAAACAGCGAGCGUUUGCAAUGUAUCAUGUUUCGGCUGAUGCAAUUGCGCUGAUUAUAUCUUCAUUCCCUACUAAGGUGAUGAUGUCGUUGGGUUUCAAUAUAAUCUUUUAUUUCAUGGUCAAUUUGAGAAGAAAUCCCGGGAACUUUUUCUUCUAUUUGUUGAUGACUUUUAUGUGUACCAUGAUUAUGUCUCAUUUGUUCCGGACGAUUGGUGCCAUUUCUAACUCGAUCGCCCAAGCUAUGACUCCUGCAUCGGUAAUUUUGUUAGGUAUUGUCGUGUUCACUGGUUUCGUCAUUACUUGGCCCACAAUGUUGAAGUGGACUAAGUGGAUUUUCUGGAUCAACCCUGUGCACUACAUUUUUGAAUCAUUGAUGUUGAAUGAGUUCCACAAUCGUGAAUUCGACUGUUCGGUGUUCGUGCCCAGUGGUGGUCCGUACGACAACGCGGAUCCUAUGUCUAGGUCAUGUUCUGCUGUUGGGUCUGUGCCUGGUAGAACCACUGUUCAGGGAACCGAUUUCUUGAGACUCUCGUACAACUUCUACAACGCUCACAAAUGGCGUAAUUUCGGGAUUGCUUGGGGCUUCCUUUUACUUUUCCUUUGCACCUAUCUUCUUCUUACAGAACUCAACCCCGGUGUGCGGUCUAGAGGUGAAGUUGCCGUUUUCAAGCAUCUGGCUAUGCGCAAGGCCAAGAAGCUCGCUAAGCAGAAGAAUACUGAUGUUGAGACUUUGGGGAACAAAAUGACGACGAAGGAAAAUGCCGAAUAUGUCGAGGAAGAGCCCAAUGAAGUGCAAAUUGGCGGUGAAUUUUUCCAAAAGCCUACUAUGCAAGACGAUGGUUUCCCCUCAGGUCAAAUCUUUUUCUGGGAUAGUUUGACUUACCAAAUUAAAAUCAAGUCGGAACAGCGUGUUAUUUUGGACCAUGUUGACGGUUGGGUGAAGCCUGGUACUUUGACUGCGUUGAUGGGUGCUUCCGGUGCCGGUAAGACUACGUUGCUUAACUGUUUGUCGGACAGAGUGACGACAGGUCAAAUUACUGAUGGUUCGCGGUACAUUAAUGGGCGUCCUCUUGAUUCGUCUUUCCAACGUCAAAUCGGUUACGUGCAACAAGAAGAUUUGCAUCUUCCCAAGCUGACGGUUCGUGAAUCGCUUCAAUUCCUGGCUUACUUGCGUCAACCUCCUUCGGUGCUGAAGAAAGAAAAGAACGCUUGGGUUGAACAAAUUAUUGACUUGUUGGAAAUGCGUGCUUAUGCUGAUGCGAUGGUUGGUAAAACUGGUUCGGGUCUUAACGUUGAACAACGUAAGCGUCUUUCGAUUGGUGUUGAAUUGGCUGCAAAGCCUAAGGUAUUGUUAUUUUUAGAUGAACCUACUUCAGGUUUGGACUCGCAAACUGCAUGGUCGGUGUGUAAGUUGAUGCGUAAGUUAGCUGACUAUGGUCAAUCAAUUCUUUGUACCAUUCACCAGCCUUCGGCCGUUUUGAUGCAAUCGUUUGAUCGACUUUUGUUUAUGCAAAAAGGUGGUAAGACUGUCUACUUUGGUGACUUGGGUCCUGAUUGCCAGACUAUGGUGAAGUACUUUGAAAACCACGGAUCGCACCCCUGUCCUCCUGAUGCUAACCCUGCCGACUGGAUGUUGGAAGUUGUUGGUGCUGCCCCUGGGUCACACGCUAAUCAAGAUUAUCACGAAGUUUGGAAUAACUCAGACGAAUGUCGUGCUGUUAAACAGGAAUUGGCUGAAAUGAGAGAGCGUUUGGUUUCUCGUCCCGUGGAUGACCUGAAGGAAUCAAAGCAGAAGUAUGCUAUGCCUAUGUGGGCUCAGUUCAAUGCUGAGCUCAGGCGUACUGUGACUCAAAUUUGGCGUAACCCUGAGUACAUAUACUCGAAAUAUUUCUUGAUCAUCUCCUGUUACAUUGCUAAUGGUUUCUUCUUCUUCAACUACUCGAAGGACAACAACCUCCAAUCGUUGCAAAAUCAAAUGUAUUCGGUUAUGAUGUCGUACAAUAAUUUCCCGACGAUUAUCCAACAGAUGUUGCCUGGUUUCAUUGAACAGCGUGAAAUCUAUGAAGUUCGUGAACUCCCCUCGCGUACCUUCUCGUGGUGGGCUUUCUUCACUGCUCAAGUGCUUUCGGAGCUUCCUUUCCAAUUCAUCGCUGGUACUUUAGCCUUCUGUUGCUACUACUGGCCUGUCGGUUUCUAUCGAAAUGCCGAAGUCACUCACACUGCUAGAGAACGUGGUGCGUUGUUUUGGUUGUUGGUGGUUUCCUUCAAUAUCUUCUGUACCACCAUGGGUCACUUGUGUAUCUCCUUCAUGGAAAGUGACCAGAACGCUUCUAAUUUGGCUGUUAUCUUGUUGACUAUGUGCUUGACUUUCUGCGGGGUGUUGGCCGGUCCCAAUGUUUUGCCAGGCUUCUGGAUUUUCAUGUACCGGUGCAACCCCUUGACUUACUUAAUUCAAUCUCAACUUGCUACCGGUCUCGCCCAUGCUCCCAUGCACUGCUCUGAGGCAGAGUUCGUUCAUUUUAAUGCUCCCGAAGGUAUGAAUUGUGGUGACUACAUGAAGGACUUCCUUUCUGCCGCGGGUGGUUUCCUUGAAGACGCUUCUGCCACUUCCUGCAAGUACUGUCAAUUCGACAACACCAACGACUGGUUGGCAAGUGUUAACGUGAAGUACUCCACCAGAUGGUGGUACUUGGGUAUUUUCUGGGCGUUCCCCGUAUUCAACGUUUUCGCGGGUGCAAUUCUUUACUACAUCUUCCGGGUGCCUAAGGGUAACAAGAUGAAGAACAAGGGUGGUGAAAAGCCUCCUCCUCCUCCACCUAAGGCCGCUCCCAUUACGGAAAAGUCUAACAACCAACUUACGUCAAGCUCUGACGAAACCGUGACUUGA